AUAUAUUUAUCUCGUAUAUCUAUACAUUGUCUAUGAUACCGCAGUGCACAGAGUGUUGAGUCAGUUGACUGUUGAGGUUUUGAUGAGUUCAAGCUUCAGAGUAAUUCGGAGGAUUCAGAGCAAGCAAUUCUCAGUACAGAGUAGCCAGAGUGCCCAGAGUAAUUUCAAGGGUUUCAAGGCAGCUUAGGGAUGUGUGAUAUGUGAUAUGGUUAUUUCAUUUUAGCCGUUACAUUACACAUAACCUGAUUCAUAUAUACAUAUAGGUAUACUUGUAUGAUAUAUUGUGAAUAGCGUCCUUGUUUAUACACUCGAAUUCAGCAAAAAAUAAAAUAAAAAAAAAAAAGUGGCGAAAUUUGUCAAUACUCAAGUGACUAAACCCAUAGAGUAGUAUGUUAAUGAUUGAAAAAAAGUUACUGCAAUAAACUGAUUGUUGAGAUUUAUAACAAUGGAUCCAGCAACAGUAAUAGCACUGUGCAAAGAAAAUAUCCAGCCUUUGCGUCAUGGUAGAAAUGCAGCUCAAUUAGGUACUGCACUUCGAGCUCAAGAAGACGUUGAAGCCCAACAAUUGUUGAUGCAAGAAAAGCAAAUGUAUGAAGAUGGGAUUAAAAAUUAUCAAGGUGAUGAUCCAUUGGAAAAUUGGUAUGAGUAUAUAUUGUGGGUUGAACAAAGUUAUCCAAAGAGUGGGCAUGAAAGUCAUAUUGGUAAAUUAUUGCAACAGUGUUUAGCGACAUUUGAGAAAGAAAUAAAAUAUCAUCAAGACCGUCGAUAUAUCAGAUUGUGGAUUAAUUAUAUAAGUAUGCAAAAAAAUCCAUUAGAAUUAUAUCAAUUGUUGUAUAAUACUGGCAUUGGAACAAUGGUGGCUGAUAUGUAUAGAGCAUGGGCCUUUGAAUUGGAACAAGCUAAUGAUUGCAAACGGGCUGAUGAGGUUUAUAUGUUGGGAAUAACUGCCAGAGCUGAGCCACGUGAUGAAUUAAUUUAUGCUCGUGAAAAUUUUCAAAUGGCUGUUGGUCGUAAAGCACUUGGUUGUGAUCAAGAGAGAAAUGAAAUCGCAUUAUCUGAACAACGACAAGCAUUCAGUUCUCUGCGGGCUAUUAAAUCUGGUAAACGUGCGACUAAUGUUAGAACUGGACAUCGUGUUAAAGAUUAUAUGCCUGGUGUCGUCCCACAAAUACCAGCAACAUUAACAACAACAACAGCAGCAGCAUCAUCAUAUUAUAAUAUGUCUGGUCAAUCAAAAGAUACUAAAUCAAAUGCCAAAAUUCAAAUUUAUCAAGAUGAAGCUGCACGUGUUGAUUUAAGAUGUGCCAGUAUACUAGACCAUGUGCCAAUAGAAGAUACUGUACACAAAGAAAAUACAAUAAAACCCGGGCAAUGGAGUAAUUCUUCACGAAAACAUCCAUUGAUACCAUCAUCAGUAAGGCCUGCAUUUAAAGUUCACGAAGAUCGUCUAGAUGACAACAAUAUUGACGUGAAUACUUUAAGACUAUUUCCAAAUCAUACGUCAUUUUUUGAUGGAAGUAAAUAUCAAGAACACAUGGCAGUUCCAGUAUUUGUACCAGAUGCACCAUCAUCAAUGAUAACAAAACCUCGCUAUCCCAAAGAUUUAGUUUAUUUAAAUAAUGCUGAUCGUAGUAUGGAGGAAUUAAGAGCUGAAAAGUAUUUUAAUCAAUUAAGAAAUAUUGGUAAUAAUUGCUCGAGUGUUGAUGAAACGCUAAUGUUGUCUGGAAUCGGUCAGAAUAUUAAUGGAUAUCAUCAGGAUAAUAAUCAUCAUCAUCAUCAUAUACAUCAUCAACAACAACAACAACAACAAGAAAUUGCGGAAAGGGCAUUUGAUGUUGGUGAUAAAGAUAUGGCACAAUUGGAGCAUCAUAGGCGAGCACUUGAACAAAAUCAUCAAGUUGAAUUGGAGAGACAACGAAGAGAAGCCGAAUUGGAAGAACAAAUGAGAGAAUCUGUUGAAUUAGAAAGACAACGAAGAGAAGUUGAAUUAGAACGCCAACGUAGAGAAGCUGAAUUAGAAAGACAACGAAGGGAUGUUGAACUGGAAAGACAACGUAGAGAAGUUGAAUUGGAGAGACAGCGUAGAGAAGCUGCUGAAUUGGAAAGACAACGCAGAGAAGCUGCUGAAUUAGAAAGACAACGCAGAGAAGCUGCUGAAUUAGAGCGACAACAGAGAGAAGCUGCUGAAUUAGAAAGACAACAGCGAGAAGCUGCUGAAAUAGAAAGACAACGAAUUGAAGCUGAACAAAUUGAAAGCCAGAGAAUGGAAGCUGAGUUGAGCCGACAAAGUAAAUUACAAUCGUCAAAUUAUAAUUUACAUCAUUCAUCCAGCGGAGUUGUUGAAUCUGGAGUAGAACAGAUGCUUGGACAAAGUCUUACUGUAAAUACUAAAGAAGCCAUGUCAGUUGUACAAGAUUUAUGGAACUCACCGGCAAACUCAAACUCUCCAUUAAUGGAAAGUCCAAUGUUACACAGAUCUGUAGACUCACGUUCAAAAUUGAAUUUUGAUAUUCAUAUUGACAGUUCAAUGACUCAACAACAUGCCAUGUCUGUACCUAGACAUCAUCCCAAUUACAAUUCUAUCCAAGCUUACCAUGACCAAGAAAAUCAUCAACCAUACAAUUCACCAUACAAUGCUAUUCAAAAUCAUCAUCAGUCUUAUCAAAAUCACCAAAUUUCGGAUCCAUAUCAUUAUCCAAUUCAACAACCACAACAGCAACAACAACAAUCAAUGCUUCACCUUCAAUCACCUCAGAUGCAGUCACAUAUCGAACAGCAGCACAGCAUAAUUCAGCAACAGCAACAUCAUUCUCAAUUACACCAUCAAUCAAUAUCUCAAUCACCACUUCAUCCUCCCCAUCUUUCACACCACUCAGCAUCACCUCAUCUACAUACUCCAACUCAUCAAUUACCACAACCACAACAGCAGCAUCAUCUUCAUCAUCAUCAUCACAGUGUAUCACCACAUAUCCCACCACCAUCACAUCACAUUUACAACAAUAUGCAUCAGAAUCCAAAUAUCCAGAGUUAUCAUCAUCAUCAUCAGCAACCGCAACAGCAACAAUAUCCACCACCAACUAUGAUGCAUCCACCGGCCCUUCAACCAGAAUCACAAAAACAACUUCAUUUUGCUCCUUACGUUGAUCCUCAAGCUGAUAAUAACAAAGACUACAGAAGAUCUGAAUUACCUUACAUAAAAUCACCAGGUAUGAAUCGUCGUGACUUGAAAUAUCUCGAAAAUGCUGAUAAUAAAGAAAACGCAACUGCUAUUGGUUAUAAUAGUGUUAUUGAAGAUAAUAAACAGCCAGUAGAAAAUAACUUAUUUGUUGAUGAAAGUCUGGGUAUAUCACCAUUGUCUGGUGUUAAUGAUACCUGCUAUACUGAAUCAUUCCGUGGACCAUUGCCUAGUUCUACGCCAAUGACUAAUCAAUUCAGGCCAUCAACAUAUCGGUCUAAAGAAGUUGCACAUUUUCAACCACCUCAGAUCCAUUUUCCACCCCAUGUUCAGCAGCAGCAGCAGCAACAACAACAGCAACAGCAACAACAACAUUCUGAAGUACCAGCUGAUCCUGAUGACAAAUUAAGUAUUAUUAUGGAAUCAACCAGAGAGUAUAUUUCUAGUAGUUCUAGCAGUAGUGCUAAUACACGAACAACACAAUUUGGAUUUACAUUGACAACUCGCGAAGAUCAUUUACCAAUUAAAGAACAAUCUAUUAGUCAAGAUAUCGAAAGUACAGAAACACUAUUAUCGGCAAAUGUUAAUACUGAUCAAAGUAUGCGAUCAAAAAUUCAAGCAAUGAAUACUCAAAGUCCACGUACAAUGCAGCGUAAUGUUGAUCAAAUAACAUCUGAAAUAAAAAAUAAUUGUGAUUUACGUAUACCAUUUAAUCUAGAUCGAGAAUCAUCAAUAACAACCGAUAAUAAAAAUAAUAAUAAUAAUAACAAUACUAAUGAUGUUAAUAAUAUUAAUAAUAAUAAUAAUAAUAAUAAUAAUACUGAUAAUAAUAAUAUUAAUGGUAAUAGUAAUAAUAUUUGUGAUGUUAUUGAUGAACCAAUGGAAGAAGUAAAGGAUGAUGAUAAUGAUAAUAAAGACGGUGGUAAUGGUGAUAAUAAUGUCGAGAAUGUGGAUGAGGACGAUGAUGACAAAUUCCAAUUACCCACCGGUGACAUUAACCCAUUUGACAAGUCCCUUAUUUCGGGUCUAUUGAAAAAUAUAAAAUUUCCCCAAGUUCAUCAUUCAGAUGGUUAUGCAAGAUUAAAUAUAAAUAUAAAUAAAUUUGUGCCUUCUAGUAAGAUUACCCUAGGAACAGAUAUAUACGAGUUGGAAAAGUGCCUUGGUAAAGGAACUUAUGGUACUGUUUUGAAAGCAUAUGAUCCACAAACAGAACGAACAGUCGCAUUGAAAACUCAAAAACCAGCAUGGGUCUGGGAAUUUUAUAUUGCCAGAGAAAUAAAAACACGUCUUAAAAAUCCACACAUGUUACGUGGAUUUAUGGAUGUUACUAAAGCAUAUGUUACUAAUAAUGGAAGUAUUCUUGUAUCUGAAUUUUCUAAAUACGGUACAUUAUUGGCUGUUACUAAUCAAGUUAAAAUAGCUACUGGUAAACCACUUACUGAAGCAUUGGCAAUAUUUUUUACCAUUGAAAUGCUAAAAAUUGUUGAGUAUCUUCACAAAUGCCAAAUUAUUCAUGGUGAUAUUAAACCAGAUAACUUUUUAUUAAUGCAUUUGCCAACUGAAGAUGUGAGACCAACAAUCCAAUUGAUUGACUAUGGGUGUAGUAUCGAUAUGAGUCUGUUUCCUGAGGGGACUAAAUUUACACAAAUAAUUAAAACUGAAGACUUUACAUGCAUUGAAAUGCAAACUGGUCGCCCGUGGACUUAUCAAACAGAUUUAUACUGUGUUGCUGCUUCUGCUCAUUGUUUACUUUUUGGAACUUAUAUGCGAGCUGUACCGACUGGAGAACGUUGGUUUAUUAAUACUAAAAUGCCACGAUAUGUACAAAAAGCUUGGGAAACAUUAUUCAAUGAAUUAUUAAACAUUGAAUCAUGUGAAAAAAUGCCGGACUUGAGUGAACUUCGUAGGUUGAUGGAAGAAGCGUUAGCUAAAAUUCCAGCAUUGGAAAUGAAAUUGCGGAGUUUGUCAAAUGUAUUGAAAGGACGAUAGCAAUGCGCCAGCGUUUCAUCGGUAAAAAAAAAAAAAAGAAAAAAACAAACAAACAAAAAGUCAAACUCCAUUACUCGUACCU